AAUAUAAAAAUUCAUAAGAUCGUAUUGACAUUUUUUUUUUAAACUUAAUUGCAAAAAAAGGGUUUUAAAAGUUAACGUCCCCAGAACGACGCGGUUCUGAGACCAGCCAAAUUAACAGAGCUCUCACUCUGCUCUUUAAUCAACAUUGAUUAAAUAUGUUGAUUCAACAUAUUGUUUGUAGUUUUUAUAGAACAGAACCAACGUUAAAGAUCGAGUAAAUGUUUUAAAUAACAAUCAUAGUGAUUCGAAUAAGCGCACCGUGAUUGAGAGUUGAUGCGAAGAUGCUGUGAAGAUUAUCGGCAUCACUUUAUUUAUUCUGCUGUGAUGACUCUUGCAAAACAUAAACGAUCUUUUCUGUCACGCACAUUUCGCGCGAAACUGGAAAGCUGAAGCGAAAGAGGAGAGAAGUAAAAAUGAGUAAGAAGGAUAACGGCGCCCCACUGAUCCUCUCUUACCUGAACGAGAAGAACCGGCCGUACAGCGCGCAGGAUGUCUUCUGCAACCUACAGAAGCAGCAUGGAUUUGGCAAAACGGCAGUGGUCAAGGCCAUGGAGCUGCUGUCUCUGGAGGGGAAGAUAACGGAGAAAAUGUAUGGCAAACAGAAGAUCUAUUUCGCUAAUCAGUCUCAGUUCAAAAAUGUGAGCGAGGAGGAGCUGAAGGCGAUGAACUCUCAGAUCUCACAGCUCACUGCAGAGGCGCAGGCGCUCACCCACAGCUGCAGACAGCUGGAUGCAGAGCUGAAGGAACUCAGCAGCUCCCUCACAACCGAGGAAAUGAUGUCGGAGGUCCGGGAGCUGAAGGCCGAGUGUUCAGGCUACGCAGCGCGUCUGGAGAAGAUCAAGUCGGCCACGAAUCACGUCACACCGGAGGAGAAGGAGAAGGUUUACAAAGACCGGGACGUUUACGUGAAAGAGUGGAAGAAGAGAAAGAGAUUGGCUUCAGACAUGGUCAAUGCGAUUCUGGAAGGAUACCCGAAGAGCAAGAAGCAGUUCCUGGAGGAGGUCGGGGUGGAGACUGACGAGGACUGUAAGGUGGUGGUUCCAACCACAUGAAAGGAGAAGGAAACGCUCGCUUUGAGCCACAGCACGUUCUUUAUUUAUGGCUUUUCUCUGGAAUAAAAGGUACAUCUUUAAUAAAAGUUGAAUGCAAAACCAACUUCCUCUGUAAUUGAAAGUAGAUUUAAACAAAAAAAAGCAGAGACACUAACACCACGUCACAUGACUGAGAACAAUGGAGGAGACUCGUCUCCUGCCAGGCAACUUUGGUUUAUUUAAUUUCCUUUUAAAGCCAAACAAAUCCCCAACUUCUGAUGAAAUCAAAUUAGUCUUUUUAGCUGUGAGUUUCUUUGUUCAUUCGUGUUUGAGUCCAUAUUGAUAUUUAUUUUUACUGUUCUAAAGUAAAAUGU